UGCCUGGUACCCCUACUUGAUGUAACAGGUGUAGAAGAUGGGAGACAUCUCUCCUUUAAAUUGAUAAGCAUGUACAUAUAUGGUCUGAGUAAACAGGAUAGUAGGGGAGGUAUCUUAUUAGUAUAAUGUAAGCAAACAGGGGUGGAGAUAAUGUAUUCUGUUUAGGCGCUUCUGAUAGAUUGUAACCUCCAAAGCCUAAGCCAAUGGGGCCAUGGGGGAGGGAAUGGGGCGUCGCGAUAGGAUGUAUAAUAAUAUGUGAUUUUGGAAUUUGGGGUAUGGUUCAGUGCUUGGCUACAUUGCAUUUUGCCUUCCUGAAUCCACCACACUUUGCAAACCGUUACCUUUUAAACUUUGUUGUGAAGUCUAAUAAACUUCUUUUCUAUUUGUAACUCAAACAGAGUGGAUUUCAAUUUGUGACUAUUUUUGGUGUCUAAUAAUUUUUGGUGCCAAAACCCGGAACUCAAUGGGAUUUCGUUCGGGACUCCCUAACUUGGAGGACGAUGUGGAAGGCAUGCCCUGUCGAAUUCGAUAGUCCAGCUUCGAACUCCAGGAGUGGUGAGUGCUGAGCAAACCCUACAGCCCUACAAACCUAAAUAGAAGUUGCAAAUAGAAACCAAGGGUGAGAAAACCAGGAAUAGAGAUUGCCAGCCUCAGGAAAAACCGGGUAACUUCUUGCACGAACCUAGGAGACAAGGAUUGCUGGCGCAGAUGCCGCCUCUGGAGUUUCAUGUCCAUAAGAUCUGUGUGGGGAAUUGGGUCCUGAUCCGGAGUUGGAAGGAGGAAAAAUUACAACCUAAGUGGGACGGAUCAUUUCAAGUGUUGCUGACCUCUGAAACUACAGUCCAAACGGCAUAAAAAGGGUGGACCCACUACACACAAGUGAAGGGACCACGUAGCUGAACCAAAAGAACAGUGGACCUGUGUUCCAAAUCCAGAACCUUUAAAGAUCACUCUCAAGCGACAGUAACCAAAUGUCCAAACCAGAUCUAUAUGACUAGGUGGUAUUAGGGUUUGCUAUCUUUCUUUGUCUUAUAGAGUUGUGAUUGCGUGCCACACCAGGAACAAAUUCACACCCAUAUUGUGCCCAGAAUCCCAACAGCCUCGAGAGAUUCAAGAACUUAAUCUUUUACCUGAUGUGUUGGUACUGUGACUGUAAAUGCUAUGUUGAUUGUUGUUGUGUUUCCAUUGUAUUGACUGUGUAAGAUGUACUGGAUGUGAAGAACAUUUUGGACCAUGUGAUAUAGUACUCAUUGAGAAGACAUUGAAACAUUUUGAAGAAUAUCCUGAGAUAUUGACCGGAGUGGUAAGAUAUAUUUUAAAAGAUACUCCUUCAAUUCAACUAGUCCAGGAAGAACAAUGAGAAGCCUUUAGAAAAUAUCACAGUUUAGAUAUAGAGGAAGAGUGACUAAAAUGCAAAUCCUUAGUGUUGUAUACUUGUCCAUGGUUAUCUAGGAUAUAGGAAAGCAACAAAAACAGAAGCCUGCAUUAUGAACGCCACCAAAGGGAACACAGUAAUUAAAACCUUGGUAUAUCAUACCCAAGCACCUAAGGGAUGUAUAUUUCAAUCUAUGUGCUAAUUAAAUAAAACACAAUAUUCAGUUUGUAAGGGAGAAGACAAGAAGAUACAAUGUUAUGAUCCAUCAAUGCCAACAUAUUUAAAUUUUAGUAUAUAUGUGGUCUAGCUAAAAUAGGAUGAGACAGAGACCUGAAGGUGAAGGAAGAUUAAUAUAUGUUAAUUCCACUAAAAUAUUAGAAAAGGGGACAGAAAAGGCUUUAAUACAGUUUGAUGCAUGUACAAUAUUAAGUUUAUCUCCUCUCGCCACAAAGUAUGGGGACUCUAGUUGGAUCUCAGCAUAUAAACAAAAUCAUAAAUAUAUAUGUCCCACUAAUUUGAACUUUGCAAAUGGGAACCCCAAUCAAUGGUCACCUUGUGGGGGAUCUAUUAAAUGUUUGGGGUGGAGAUGUGUGUGUGAUUACACUGGAGGGGGUUAUCCAGGGUGUAGUGUUAUUACCAAAUUUAAAAAUAUAUACGGAACUAAUACAAUGGAGUUGGAAAUCACUAAGAACCAUGCUGAAGUAGUAAGUUAUGGAUUUGGGAUAGAUGGUACAGGACUAGAUCCAUCAACUUAUAUUAUUAUAAAGAAAGAAAAGAUAUAUACAGGGGAAGUUAAAACAAUAGGAUGGUCAGUUUAUAAUACUUUAAGACAAUUGGAAAAGGAAAUAGAUAUUAGUGAGAAAGCAAGUAACUUGUUUAUGGAUAUGGCCGAGGAUAUAGCCAAAACCUUGACCAUUAAAAAUUGUUUUAUAUGUGGAGGAACUAAUAUGGGACAACAGUGGCCUUGGGAAGCAUUAGAAGCAGACCCAGUGAUCUUAAACAACAUGACUAAGCAAAGAAAUAUUACAGGGCGAUCUGGAAAUGACCAACAGAUUAUAUGGACCCUAAGUACUAAUCUAGUAGGAAAAAACUGUUUUAAGAGAAAUGGAACUAAAAAGGUAGGAGAUUUGAUAUGUUUGGGAUAUUGGGAUGGUAAAUAUAAACAAUGGACAACUGUAGGGAAUCAAAGUGAACCAGAAAAGUUUAAUUUCACUGAAUGGGGAACUUAUUUAAGUUUGUAUUGGAUUUGUGGGAACCAAGCCUAUGAAAGUUUGCCUGGUAACUGGGGUGGGUCAUGUGUUUUAGGAUGGAUUAAACCAUCUUUCUUUUUAUUACCCCUAAGAACUAAACAGACACUGGGAAUCCCUAUUUAUGAUUAUUUAGAUCGCUAUAAAAGAUCUAUUGAUUCAGGUAUUCCAUGUAAUGUUGAAACAAUGAGAGGAAAUGAAUGGACACCAGAAAAGACUGUGUGCAUCAAUGGGCCUGCUACCUGGGCUGAAGAUGGAUCUUGGGGAUAUAGAACACCCAUUUAUAUGUUAAAUAGAAUAAUACGAUUACAGGCUGUAUUAGAAUUAGUUGGAAGAAAAAAUAGAUACUGCUUAAAAUAUUUUGGCAAAAACUAUUGAUAAGCUUAGAGUGGCUGUGUAUCAAAAUAGAUUAGCAUUAGAUUAUAUAUUAGCUAAAGAAGGAGGGGUAUGUGGGAAGUUUAAUUUAACUAAUUGUUGCUUACAAAUAGAUGAAACAGGUUCAGUGGUGAAGCAAUUAUCCACUGAAAUGAGACAACUUGUACAUGUUCCAGUCCAGACCUGGACUGGUCUUUUAGAUGAAGGGGGUUUUUAGGGGGAAUUUUUAGAAACUGGAAGCAAGCUUUAUUCAUGAUGGUAAUAAUCAUUAUAGGAUUAAUGUUUUUACCCUGUCUCAUCCCUCUCAUUAAGAAUAUUGUUUAAAGUACUGUAGAAGGAAUAAUACAUAGUAAUCAGAAGGAAUCACUAGGGAGAAAAAUGUAUAACCUUACACAAAUCAAUGAAGAAACUAAUUUUGAAGAAUAUGAAAAGACAUUAGAAAUACAAAGAAAUUUGGAAAAAAAAUAAUGUUUUAUUUUUAAAGAAUGGGUAAAAAGAAAAAGGGUAGAUUUGUGGAAAAACUGGAAGUACGAGGACAUUUAAAAAUAAAUAUAUAUAUACUUUUAGUAUUAUCAUGUAAUCAUAUAUUAUAUUUUAUAAUUAUCAUUUUAUAAUCAAUUGCCUGAGUAGAUGCUUUGAGUAUAUAGGGAAAAUAUAAGCCUCAGGUGGAGGUGGGGGGGGGAACAGGAGUUACUGUGGGGCCCAGUGUGAGUCAUCAUCUAGGAAUUGUUUUUAAGUACCUUCUGGUGCCUGGUAGCCCUACCUGAUGUAACAGGUGUAGAAGAUGGGAGACAUCUCUCCUUUAAAUUGAUAAGCAUGUACAUAUAUGGUCUGAGUAAACAGGAUAGUAGGGGAGGGAUCUUAUUAGUAUAAUGUAAGCAAACAGGGGUGGAGAUAAUGUAUUCUGUUUAGGCGCUUCUGAUAGAUUGUAACCUCCAAAGCCUAAGCCAAUGGGGCCAUGGGGGAG